AUUAUGACAUAAGUUUUCUGUUGCAGCGAGAACGUAUUAUUUAUCUUCCUGACUUGUACAACAAAAUUCCCGAAAGUUAUAGAAUUUUGUUUAUCUUAUUCUUUUAAAUUCAAAUAAAGUGGAAAAGAUGGAAGUGGAUUUGUACUCUACGGACUGGACACAUUCGGCGGAGAGUUCCUGUUUACCCCUCAUUGACGAAACCUCGGCUUUAGGAACACAGGCACCGAAAGACAGACUGAUAGCUGUACUAGACCAAGUGGAGUUGCGAGUGGAGAGGCUUCGCAGGGACACAGUGAGGAUUGAGGAGGAAAAGGACUCCCUUCUGUCUACGCUCGAUAGCAUCAAGCACUCUGAACUGCUUACUGAUAUCUCGGAAUGUGACAAAGACGACAUAACACGUUACGCGGACCGUAUUCUGGCGCGCGCCCUCACGGUCGAAGUGGCCGUGCGAACCGACCGCGACCAGCAGCAAGAAGAAGCUUUGCAUCAGGUGAACAUGUACAUAGACCAGCUAGUGAUGUCCGUACACGAGGACGCAGUGGUCGCGCACUCGCGUUGCCAAACGUACAUGAAUGCGUGCACAUCCCAACCUGACCCCAGCAGUGGGACAGACAAGAACUUUGAAAGCGCCAUACUUGGCUGCACUUUGGAUGACCAGAAAAGGGUUAAGAAACGCCUUCAAGGCUUAUUGGAAUACUUCGCGAAACUAAAUGUGACUACGUACUCGUGAGCUUUGAGGGAGCUGAGGAUCGACUGAGCGGUCUGCUGCCGGUGGAUGUGUCUAUUCGAAUGUAAAUGGAUUUUUUUACUAUGGAAACAAAUUAGUAGAAGUUGUCCUUCUCGUCGUAAUAUUGUGGUAAAUUAGUGCAUGUUUAUAGGAAAGGAAAAAUAGGACUGCGAGUAAUCGGUCUAUUUGUUGUGUUUUGAAAUUAAAGUUCAUUUUUAUGAACAAUCUAAAAUGUAAGUUUAUUAACUGAACGGUUAUCCGAUCCGAAAGAAGUUUGUCGCAGUAUAAAAUAAUGUAUCUUUUAUGCACAUUAACAUAAUAUGAUGGAAAGGACAGAAAACAACUUGUAAAGUUAGAUUGUUGGAAAAAAUCCAUUUAAUCAGUCCGCAUAAUAUGUUACUUCUUAUAUUUCUUAAUUGGUAAAUUUGUCGUGCUGAUAUUAUGCAUUGCUAGGUUUUCUAUGAUUGUAAUUUGUAACUAACUAUCACAAUAUGGAUAAUGCAAAUGUAAUAAUUAACAUAAUAUAAAAGUAACAUUUGGUGUCAAAUUCAAUACUUUUGCAUACUGUAAAGUGCAAACAUAUCUAAAGUAAUGCCAAAAAUAAUAAUGGAAAAUAUCUUUCUUGUAAACUUGAUUUUAUACGAUACUUCCAAUUUUUUUUUUUUAUAAGAAGACAACAUAAUAUUAGCAAAAGAUUUUUUCUUUAAAUAAUAAUAGAAGAAGAAGAAAUUUCAUUUAGAAUAAUUCCAUUUAUUUAAUUAUAUUUUUACUGGUAUAAUUUCUUCUAUAAUAUUCCCAUAUAUUACAGGAAAAUAUUUAUAUUCGUUAUAGACACAUCCGCCAUACCCAUUCCUUAUGUAUCCGCUACACUGAACGCCGAAAUUCAUAAAAGCAAAGCGGAGAAUACAAUAUAAGAAAUUUUUAUACUGAUAUUUUACAUCAUAGUAAUUUCUUUAUACGCUAGUUUAAGCUCUUGAUGUUCAGGAUUAAAGACAAAGAAAAUUCUAGAAAUAUUACAAACGUCAGGCUUGAUAUCAGCAUUUAAAUAAAUAUAGAUUUGUACAUCUUCCUGUCCCAGUAAUAUUCAAUUUUGUACCCGGAUAAUAAUAUCUAAGUAGUUGAUAGUCUGAUGCAAAACGCAUCGUUUUAAAAUACCUUAGAAUUUUUCCUAAAUCAAUAUUAUUGCUUAAUUUUUAGUUCCGCCAAUCUCCGCUCCGCUUUUAUCGAUUGUGAAAUCGUAUACGCGAAUGUAAACCAUAUUACUCGCACGUUAAGUACAUUAUCGUAUACAGUUUCGCGAAGAUCUCAUUGAUGUCGCUCAGCCAUGUGUUAUGCUUUUGGCAAUUGUGAUUUUGUGCAUAUUUAUUUAGAAAUAUAAUUAUUUUUAUGUUAUGAUUACGUUAUUUCAUUUUUUUUAUUUUUUUCUACGGUUAGCAGUUUAAACUGUUUAUGUGUAGCCAGUUUUUAUUCGAGUUGAGAUUAUUGUGUCGCGAUUUAUCGUAUACAUUUUUAUAUAAUUAAAGGACGUAAUUGGUAAAGUCAGGAUUCAGAUUUUGUUUUUCGUCACGCCUUAUGUAGCCUUAUUGUAAUAUAUUAGUCCCAUGUAAUGGGUUUAUGAAUCUUAUUGAGCUAUGUAUUUAGUUCGUUUUUGAACUAAACAGUGAAAGUAGGUAGGAAUGACUGUGACUUUGGAAGGAACAGGAAAAAAUGUGGAGACGCGGCGAAAAAUAUUCGAAAUUAACUCUUUUGAACAAAGUGACAGGUUUUAUGUUUUAUCGUUUAAAAAUUGUUACUCAUGAUAUCUUUAAACUUAUAUUGUAAGUUCUUUUCACUAUAUUUAUUAUAUUAUUUCCUUCCAUAAAUAAGUUUAAAAAUCUUUAAAGUAUUAGUCAGUUUAAUAAUUACGAAUAUUUUUCGCCGUGUCUAUGGGAAUGUUGAUUGGACGUGUUGUAAUUAAGGUUUUUCUAACGAUAUUUAUAAUUUCGAGUUUAUUAAUGCUUAAUACAUAUUAAUAUUGCCAAAUUUAUUUUUAGUUACCGUCUAAAUUUAAGUUUUUGCUAUACCUAAAUUUGUGGAGUGAACAUGUAAGUUCUGUGUAAACUUGAUGUGGUUCUAUCGGUGCACUUUACUGGCUUAUUCAAGAUAAUGUUAAAAUAAUUUUAGCGUUUCUUUGUUAAAUUUAUUUUGCGGAAGCCUAAUAAACUGUCUGAUCAUA